AUGGCUGACCAAACCAAAUUCCACCCUGCCCUUGCUGUCAACAACGUCAAGCAUUUCAUCUCUGUCACUUUAGAAAUGGACAAAGGUCAUUAUUCUACAUGGGCAGAGUUGUUCAAAAUCCAUUGUCGAGCAUACCAAGUUCUCGAUCACAUUCUCCCACUUACAUCCCAAUCAAUUGACACUAAUACGGAAACAAUUGUUGAAGUCGAUUCCGCACUUUGGUCUCGCUUGGACGCUAUCGUGCUUCAAUGGAUUUACAGCACCAUCUCCAACGAUCUUCUCCACACCAUCUUGCAACCAGACUCCACUGCACAACAAGCAUGGGAACGACUGCAAAAUAUCUUCCAAGACAACAAACCCUCACGCGCUGUGUACUUGGAGAAUCAAUUCACCCACGUCCAUAUGGACGAUUAUCCCAACAUCUCGGCAUACUGCCAAGAGCUCAAAAUGCUUGCCGAUCAACUAUCUAAAGUUGGUGCACCGGUGUCAAAUCAAAGACUAGUUCUUCAACUAAUUGUCGGUUUAAAGGAGAACUAUGAUGGGGUUGCUACUUUCAUUCAGUAG